AUGAGCUCCAUGCAGUCAAACUCCUCUGCAAAUGUGACCUUUGUUCGUCCUGCUACAUUUUUUAUCAAUGGUUUUUUUAAUAUCCCACAUGCAAAAUACUACUAUGUUUUCCUGUCUUUAGUGUAUGUUGUGACUGUUUUAGGAAAUUCAUUUAUCAUGUGUAUUAUAUAUUUGGCCCGCAGACUCCACACAGCCAAAUAUAUUGCUGUUUUUCACCUAGCUCUUUGUGAUCUGUGUGGAAGCUCAGCUUUGAUUCCAAAAGUCCUAGACAUGUUUUUAUUUGAGCACCAGGACAUUUCCUAUGAAGCAUGUUUGGCAAAUAUGUUUUUUGUAUUUCAUUUCAUGAAUCUCCAGUCUUUGACACUUCUCGCUUUGGCUUUUGACAGAUUGGUAGCUAUUUGUUUUCCUCUGCGGUAUCAUGUCAUUGUAACCAAACCAGCCAUGUUUCUGAUCAUAGGGGCGAUGUGGAUAUUUUCUGUCACUUUUAUUGCUUCAAUGGUGAUUUUGAUCACAAGACUCUCUAUUUGUAGAUCUAACAUAGUCAAUAGUUAUUUUUGUGAUCAUGGCCCUAUUUAUAGACUAGCUUGUAAUGAUAAUACCAUAAAUAGUAUUAUGGCAAAUAUUUGUUUUGGUCUCCUUAUAUGUAUGCCGCUGAUAUUAAUAAUCAUCUCAUAUUUCUGCAUUGCUUUAGUUAUGCUUAAGAUUGCUCAUGGUGUUGACAGGAUCAAAGCCAUGAAAACCUGCACCUCACAUUUCAUGUUGGUGGCAGUUUUUUAUGUGCCACUUUUGGGUAUUAAUAUUGCAGCUUUAGCAACAUUUAUCCAUCCAAAUGCCCGGAUAAUUAACAAUUCUCUGACACAGACAAUACCACCUCUGCUGAAUCCCAUCAUAUACACUCUAAAGACAGAGGAGGUCAUGCAAUCCGUCAAAGACCUGUACAAACGCAACAAAGUGAACACUAGGCUACUGCAGAGAAAAAGGCUAAAUGCAAAUGGUUAUUGA